AAAUGACAAAAUAUUAUUGAGAAAAGUGAUUAGGUACUUGCUCUGUGGAAAAGUGGAAGAUCUUUGUGCUUACAGGGAUUAUUGAAUUUUCUCAUAAAUAGAUAAUAGUUUAAGUCACGAUGGAGAAUAAAGAAGGUGUAGACCACUUAGUGUCAUUAAAAGUUAUGAGGCUUACAAAGCCAGCACUUAUAAGCCCCAAGAUUGUAACAUGCGACUUCAAGGAUUUACCGGGGAAUAUACUGAACAAUUAUUUAAAGGAUGAUGCUACAUCUGUUGUUCAAAUGGAAACUCUAGCUGCUGGACAAUUUCUGUUGCUGCCUCAAAGUUUUGGUAAUAUUUAUUUAGGUGAAACAUUUUCUUGUUAUGUUUGUGUCCAUAAUGAAACAAAUCAACCUGUUCAAAGCGUAUCUGUUAAAGCUGACUUACAAACUAGUUCUCAAAGGAUCCCUUUAGCAACCCAACAACAUCAAUCUCCUGUGAUGUUGGAUAUUGAUGAAACCUUAGGGGAUGUGAUUCACCAUGAAGUUAAAGACUUGGGCACACACAUUUUAGUUUGUGAAGUAACAUAUAUGUCCAAUUACAAUACUCUUGCUUCAUUCAGAAAAUUCUUCAAGUUUGAAGUUCUGAAGCCACUGGAUGUUAAAACUAAGUUUUAUAAUGCAGAAUCAGAUGAAGUUUUUCUUGAAGCUCAAGUGCAGAAUAUAACAUCUGGACCAAUUAUAUUGGAGCAGGUUUCCCUUGAUAGUUCACAACAGUUUGCAGUUAAAUCAUUAAAUGAAACAUCUGAUGGCAAGUCUGUAUUUGGUGAGGUUACUCUACUUCACCCUCAAGAGAGCUGCCAGUACCUGUAUUGCCUUUCACCAAAGCCUAACAUAGCUUCAGAUAUCAAACUUAUUGCUGCAGCAAAGAACAUUGGUAAAUUGGAUAUUGUGUGGAGGUCUAAUUUGGGAGAAAAGGGGAGGUUACAGACUAGUCAGCUUCAGAGGAUGACUCCAGAGUAUGGUGACAUACGGGUGACAUAUGAAAAUUUACCCAGCCAGAUCCCUAUAGAUGAACCAUUUAAUUUUAAAUGUAAAAUAGUGAAUGCCAGUGAGAGAACAUUGGACCUAAUUCUGAAGCUUCGUUCACAUCAAGACUCCAGUUUAAUUUGGUGUGGCAUUUCCAAUAGAAAAUUGGGGCCAUUAGAACCUGGAAAUAUAACAUUCAUUAAUUUGACUGCUUUACCUAUAAACACUGGUCUACAUAGCAUAACAGGAAUUUCUUUAAUGGAUCUGUUUUUGAAAAGAACCUAUGAUUAUGAUGAUAUGGCUUCUGUUUAUGUGUAUUAGAAUCAAAAUUCGGUAAAUAUUAGCCUAGUAUUAUUUGUAGAAAGUUAUCUAAUCAUUAUUAGUUGCUUUUAAAAGGAUAAGUCAGUUUUAUUUAGUAGGACUGCAACUGGAACUAUGAUAAGUGAAUUAUUAUUAUUGUGAAAUUAAUAAAAUUUUUAUUAUUUUAA